AUGGAUCUCUCUACCAGUGCUGUGGUCUUCCUGUACCUCACCUACCGCCUCUGUGAGGCAGGAGAUAGGAAGUAUAAUUCAGUCCUCACGGUGCCCAAUGGCGGGAAGUGGGGAGAAUGGGGAAAAAUUGAAUUCUGUCCUUCAGGAUAUGCAUCAGGAUUCCUAGUGAAGUAUGCUGUACCACAAGGUUUUGAUGGUGAUGACACCGGCCUCAAUGGCAUCCGUCUCCUUUGUAGUAGUGGUGAAGUUAUACAAUCUAGCGUCGGAAUUUGGGGAGGGUGGGGAGAGGUUAGGAAAUGCCCCCGCAAGGCCUACCUGGUUGCCUUCUCUCUGAGAGUGGAACCCGACAAAGGGAAACUACGUGAUGAUACAGCAGCCAGCAACAUCGACUUCAACUGUGGAGAUGGGACUAGACUGGAGGGCGACGGAUUUGAUAUCGGUGAAUACGGCCCGUGGAGCAAGCGCUGCCCCGCUGGUGCCAUCUGCGGGAUCCAAACAAAGGUGGAGGGUUUAGUUGCAGGUGAUAACACAGGACUUAAUGAUGUCAAGUUCUUCUGCUGCGACUGA